AUGUACGAACACAAAACAAUCGCGCUACUGCUGUUCCAGUUCGGUCUACUCGCAGCUGUUAGUAGCCGCAUUAUAACAAAGGAUGAAGACGAAGUCAUCUAUCCACCACAAACGAAUUCGCGCAUUGUGGGCGGCGAAGCGGCGCCCGAGGGUUUCGCCCCUUACCAAAUAUCCAUGCAAAAUCUUAAUGGCCGUCACUUCUGUGGUGGUGCGAUCAUCGAUCAGCGUUGGAUCAUCACUGCCUCACAUUGUGUGGCGGGAGCAACACCUACAAAAAUUCAAGUUCUCACUGGCGCACAAAAUCUGAAAAACCACACCGGCAAAUACUACUAUCCGGAUCGCAUUGUGAUGCACUCCAACUACAAUCACCCGGCGUAUGCCAACGAUAUUGCGCUAUUGCAUUUGAAUGAUUCGAUCGCUUUCGAUGAACACACCCAGGCGGUGCAUUACGUUUAUGAGCCAUUGCAGAAAGGUGACGAGCUGGUGCUUACCGGUUGGGGUACUAUGGCGUUGGGUGGCUCCACACCAGAUAUUUUGCAAACGCUGACUGUGCGCGUGGUGCCGUAUGAGGAGUGUCGCAAGGCACACCCCGAUAAUUUGUCCAACUAUGUUGACAUAGGACACUUGUGCACUUUCAAUGAUAAUGGUAAAGGCGCUUGUCACGGUGAUUCAGGUGGUCCGCUGGUACAUAAUGGUACACUGGUCGCAUUGGUCAAUUGGGGUCUACCCUGUGCGAAAGGAUAUCCAGAUGUGCAUGCGAGUGUGACGUACUAUCAUGACUUCAUACGCACGCAAUUGAGUGCGUCCAAGGAGGAUAAGGCUUGA